GAAAAUAGGAUCACGUGAGAUUGUAUGAUAACGCAUUCACAUGUAGAUCUAACGUGAAUUCGUUGGAAACGGGAAUAAAGCAAAAAUAAACAGUGCAUACUUUAAGCAAUUAUAAUGGAUAUGACAUAAAAUUAAGAAAUAUUGAUACCAUGGCGUCGUCUGUCCAGAGAGGCGUUACGUUUUUUCUGGUUAUUAGAUUGUCGGCCUCAACGAAAAUUAAACCACAGCAGCAAGAAAAGAUCUUCGAGUAUAUUAAGUCCCAACUUCCGUUGUUUAAAAAGCAUGUACACACCGUGGAAGAGAUUACUUUUUUUGACAUCAUAGGCAUAACAAAAGAUGCAAAAUCAGACAUAAGACUGGAAUUCUCUGUCUCUGAUUCAAAAGAUUUAGAAAACUUCUUCCAGUUUGCUAAAUAUUCACAACAGCAAGAUAAGAAAAAUGGUCUGUCAUACAUUUUCACUACAUUUUUUCAAAACCAAGAGAUGCAGUUGAAAUGUGGAUUUCCAUCAAGUACAAAAAUCAACAUAUUAGUUGGUAUUUCCGAAAAGGAAAAAAAGAAGCUGGCUGCAAAUCUUGAGAAGAGACUAGCCAAGAUUUCAGAAGAAUCUAAAAAGAAAGACAACUCAAUGAG